UGACGAGUCGUCUAGGGAUUCGGACACGGGUUCUACUCGAUUCAUUCAAAGUGUCGCCAUAUUGCGACAAGCGUCUCGUGAGUCUAUACUUGCUAUCUUGGGGUGAAAUAUUCACUCCCAAGAACCUAUUUUUUUGAAACUCUACCGUUAAUUGCUAAAAACGUUAUCAAAGUAUUGAUAGUAUUAAGACUAUCAAUUUUUUUCUUGAGUUGGUAUCAUAAUGGCUUGCUGAACAAGAUGUGUCGCAUUGGGAAAAUCGUUACUCCGCUGGAGGUUACUUCUUUAUUUGUUUGUACGGUUGACGGUCCGUAUGGACCAAACCACGAGCUCGGCUGCCAUGGACUCUCGCAAACCUGUUGUGCGAUCUGCCCAGCUGGGUUCUAAAUUACCUAAUCAAGACUCUUCUCGAGAAUUGUGCAAGCGGUCAAAUGGAGGUGGUCGUCGGCAGCAGCGUGAUUGGGAGCGUGACAGCCUGGUGGCUACUGGCAUUGGUGGGGGCUGUGGAGGAGGUGGUCGGGGGAAGUGCAAUGGCUGGCCAAACAAGCCAGGUUAUGGACGUCCCUCUAACAAGACCAACCGUAUCAAAGAGAAGGAGGGUGGACAGGUAAAACUUCAGGGAUGGAGGUCAUCUGACCACUAUGAUGAUGAAGAGUACUACGAGAGCUCUGGGCGACAGCUCACCCACCAAGCACAGGGUGGUGGGUUCACCAGGUCACGCCAUGCCAGGGAUAUCACCCACACAUUGCACUGGGACUCAUACGGGGGGCAGCAGGCGAGCAAGAGGAACUAUAAGACAAAGCUGCAUCAAAGCUCUGGAGCUCUGUUCCAGAAUCGCACCAAAGAGCGCUUCCUUCAAGCUAGAUGCCAGUUUCUGGUGAACUACAAGAUGGAGGCUAAGGCCGUUGCAAGUGCAGCCUUGCCCGUUGGGUUCACACCUCCUGCAUCAGCCUCUACUCCAGCUGCAGGUAUUGGUGCAUCUGGGGAGGCGCGAUGCUCUGAGACUGACAUGGAAAAGACUUCUACAGCUCUGGUCACUGCUGCUCUGAGUGACCCCGACACUCUGGUGUCGUGGGGCGCCAUAGAGGAAGUGAGGCUGCACAUGACGCAGCCAACCAACUGUCCUGUGUGUCUCUACGAGCCUGUGGCCCCUAAGGUGACGCGGUGCGGUCACAUCUACUGCUAUCCCUGCAUCCUGCAUUACUUGGCGCUCUCCGACAAGAAGUGGCGGUCCUGCCCCAUCUGCUACGAGAUGGUCGUCAGGGAGGACCUCAAGAGUGUGGUGUGCGUGGUUCACCCUGACUACGGCGUUGGCACGAGCAUCGAGAUGCGCCUCAUGCGUAAGCAUAAACAGAGCGCCGUGCCUGAGCCUGUGCAUUGUGUGCCCCCUGACACCGCUCUCUCGCAGCAGCGCGCCCGCAGGACCCUCCAGGCUACUCCUGCUAAGGUUCUGGAAAUUCUUGCACGAGAACGCACGGCACUUGAAGUGCAGAUGGUGGCGGAAGGUUCGGAGCCUGAGGCUUGUUUCAUUGAACAAGCCCUUGCGCUCAUUGCUGAGCGCGAGCUGAGCAUGCCCGACUUUGGUUUUGAAGAACAGGAUCAACUUGCUAGGAACAUGAGCCACUUGGAUCUACACAAUACCAUAAAUGAAGUAAUUGAAAAUUCCUCUCCAUGCACUGCUAAAGAUGAAGAAAACGUGUCGUACCGACACGAGGAUGGUGUUAUUACAUCUGAUGGAAAUCUGAAAAAGUUAAACGUGCACUACGCGUCUUCCCCUGUGGAAAAUAUUCAUCAGUGUGAGCCUCAAGGAAAGGAGGGCCGUCAUCGUUCAUCUUCUGGUUCCAGCUCUGUGCCAUCAGCGUCGAGUGAUGAUCCAGCUUCCGUCUUGGGUCCUGGUGUGACAUCCAUCACCUCUGCUGACAGCCCAAAAUUCGACAUUGCGCGCAGUAGAAACAAUUCUGACGACACGUCUUCCGUGUCUUCUUCUGCCUCCAAUGAACUUGUCUUUGGAGAAAUCAGCAGGGAAAUUGACAAUGUGGGCCUCGUUUCUGACAUUGCUGAUGGAGGUUCUGUAGCUGAAUUGCCGUGUGAUUUCAUCGCUAACAAUAUUGCAGCCGAGAGCCUUCAUUUUGAAUUGGAAGAUGAUGUUCCUGAAACGAACCAAACUGUGAAGAAGAAAGAGGAUGCCAAUGCCCCCAAAUUGGUACAGUAUUUCUACCAAGCUUCUGACGGCAGCCACGUUUAUCUAAACCAUCUGAACAUGAGGAUGCUCACCAGCGAGUAUGGUGGAGUAGAGGGCUGCCCUCCAACCAUCAGGGCAAAAAUACUUGAAAAGGAAUAUGGACUUGUCGACGAAGAUGUUCGCAAACGCAUCAAGUUCUUGGGUCACUUGCCGCUGUGCUGCUCCUACGAACUCGUCGAGCUCGACCUCCACCCUCCAUUGGUGUCCCAAGAAACUCUGCGCCAAUUUAGGUGUUCGCUACACCGGCGAGAGGUAGCCCGCGAUCUUCGUGCUAAACAAGAGCAGCAAAUUGAGCUCAGAAAUCGUCUGCUGGAGGAGAAAGAACUCGAAGGUCGUCGCUUCUUGCUUCGUAAGAGCGCCUUCACGAGCGCCAGUGUAGCCGAUGGUGUCAGGGGAGACGGCGGUGGUGGAGGAGUUGGGGAGUUCACUGAGGAGGACUAUCCCUUGAUGAGCACCUCUUCCAGCACUGGAGGUCGGUCUCAACGUCAGUCCGUGUCCUCCGAUGGCCGGUCCUCCCCUGGUCUGGCCACCAGUCCCGUCAACUCGACCUCGCUGCCCGACCGCCGAGGCAAACCUGUGCCGCCGAAACAAGCGCAGCAGCAACAGCUCACUUUUGCUAAGAUGUUGACCACCCAGAGCUCGUCUGGCCCCCAGCAGGCUUGGCCCUCGAUGGGAGAGAUAUCAGCGCCUGCGUGGCCAAGGGCGGCUCGAGCUGCAGCGCCGACUGGCGGAGGCAUCUCUCGCAGUGGCGGCGUUCAUGAAGAUGAGGAUGACGUAAGUCGCUUCGUCGCCCCCGACUACAGCCAGACGUACUCCAUGGGGUUUGAUGCUAUACUAAGUAACGCGCUCAGCUCCAGCCCCUCUGCAGGCCAGGGCACCAAGAAAAACAAGAAAGGCAAGAAGAAGUCGAAGCCCGUGUUGCUCUUCGCUUCGGGGUACUGAACUACCAGCCAACUGCUUCCUGAUCAUGCAGCUUCAUCUGGCCACUUGAACUAUCGAAGCUCAGCAUCGAGCAAAUGUAUUGCAGCCGUUUUAAUGCAAAACAAUUAGAGCGCUAUCAGAUGCUUCACCGUAACUCAUACGUUAGCAGAUUUGAGUUAAAAUUUUACUAUCGGCUACCUCGCAAUUAAUUGGAAGAGCUGUGGUUCAUGCCAAAGGCAUUUCUUCUCGAGGAUGUGAUAUGAUGAACAUGAUGAAAAUAUACCAGCAACAAUUCCAUGUUGUCGAUGCGGAUAAUGUGAUUUGGAUCACUCAUAAUUUAGAUACUGAAUGAACACCAUAGAGUUUUAGCCCUGUAUAUAUGACCGUAAUAAUUAUCAAAUGUUUAAAGUCCGAUUUAGAAACGGGAUUCUUUUUAUUUAACAUCAAGAAAAUAAAGCAAAAUUUUGUGGGCUAAAGAGAAAGAGGGAGAGACGCAAGUAUGUGCAUUCUGCAAGCUUGUCGUAUCAAUUCCUUAUCCAUAAUGCAGAGGUCGUCGAACUUUGAGCUGGGGGACGAAGUACUAUGAUAGUAACUACACGGUGACAACUAGUUCAGUUAAUGCCAAGGGAAAACUCGCAAGAAAACGGUUCCAAAGACAAACCUGAAAUGGGUUAGGAAAUGUGUACAUGCGGAUUAAUCUAAGUUCAUGCGAGAACUAGAGUAUCCUCACUAUCUAAAUCUAAUCCCUGCAAUGGAGGAAGCGAUGCUUUCUUUAUUUCGAGCUAAAAUGUUAGAUAAUGAAGAAAUUGUUACUCAAUCUGUUUUCGCUUGAAGUAUUUACUAUGUCCGACGAAGUAAAUUAAAAUUGACCAUCACUGUUUAUUAAGCGUUAAGCGAAGUUACAGCGAUUUCUCGGCAGGUAAUCUGGCUUGUUCAGUCAUCAGCAUAGAGUGGUUCAGUUCAUAAAGUUUCGUGGUCCAUUCGUAUUAUUCACGGAUAUUCUUGUGCUGGGUUUUCUCAAUGGAACUACUUGCUUGAAAACGUUAAAUAGUAUUUAAUUCAUACCGUCGAUAGAGAAUGACCCAAUUCUGACAUGGGGAGGUUUCAUGAGAAGUUUUCACACAACUGCUUGCGUUAUUUAACUUGUUCACGACAACAUCCCUGUGUUUAUUUGAGACGUCAUAUAAGAUUCUCGGAAGUAUUAUUUACACAGUUUGCUAAAAACUUGCUUUCAGUUUACUCGUAUGUUAUUUUAGUCAGUCGCUGAAUUAGUUUUCAUGUAUUGAAGCGUCCUUGGUUUAAAGGUUACAUUUACUUUGGAAUGUAUGUUAUUACCUUUAUUAAUAUGGCAUCGUAAGCUAGCUGUUGGUUUUUGUUAACGUAUUGAAAGUUUGUGGACACCCACCACGUUUUUUAUAUAUGCUACGAAUGCCUUGAGAUGAAUAAUUUGAGGAAUGUUAUGCCUUCAUUUGGUUCAGUAAUCCUCUACCUUGUAUAAUUUAAGGUUUUAAAAUUCUGACUAACGGCAUUAUCUUGCUGAUUGCAUGUUACAUCUUUGGCUUUUUUUUUUCUUUUACAGUUUAUCAGUUACAAGUGUACCUUUGCCCGAAUGCUCGGUAUUAAGUUAUUAAUUCCCGUUAGCUUGAUGAUUCGUGUGUGAGAAAACACCAACGAUGGGCACGGUGUCCGGAAUUGAGUUAGUUUGUUUUACGCGCCGCGUUAAUUUUUUAUGUAUUUUUUGAGUUGGAUCGUCGGCGAGUGUAUACCCGGAAAUAAACUGUUGUAUUUUA